AAGGCCACUGCCUGCUGCACGUACGUACGGGGUGGUGUUUCGAGAAUGCCGGCGAUGCCGGUCGGGGUGAGGACGAGGGGGAGGUGGGACGAGUGAGCCACCUCUAUAUCGCCUUUGUGGGCCUUCAUUCGAGGGUUGCAUGCUCUCACGUUGCCGCCGCCACCACUAACCCCCCUUCCAUGCGUUCGGAAGGCACGCACGCAGGCACGCCAGUUGACAUCCUGCUGCCGAAAUCGCACGUCCACGUCGUCCGGCGUGAGGACGAAACGUUUGCGUGCGCCGGAACGCGCGGCACCGAUCAUGUGACACGCGCGACUUCGCAGACGAACGGUAUCCCGCGAUCCUUCCGGUCGAUCCUUGCGACGAGAUGUUCGCGGGAAAAGGGGAUCAGCUUGUUUGUCGGAGCUGAGUACACGUCGUUACACGAGAGCACAGUGCAACUUUGUUUCUCCUGUAUUCGUGCUGGAUAUUUGAGUCGGAUACUCAAGUUUCAACAUCGUGCGUCAUGCAACUUCGAUUCAGAGUGAUGUUGAAAUAAUUUGCGCUCGCCAAAUGAAAGACAGAUAACCGCCUGACUGAUCCGAUGAAUCCGGAAAUUUCUUGGAAAAAUUGAAGUGCGAUUAGUGGCUUGAGACGUAAUCAAGUGGUGACAAGAUAGGAGAUUAAAUAAUUAAAGAAGAUUAAAUUGGAAAUUGUAGUCAUUAGAGUCCUUAACAAUCUUGGGAUCGCGGAAACGUGAUUUCCAAAGCGAUCGAGGUUCACAUGCAGAUCUUAAAUGUGAUAAACGUGAUAAAUGCAGCGUUGAAAAAUUGCACUAGAAAAAGCAAUGAACCUAAUAUCGCUUAAAAAGGACGUUGGUUGAUUGCGUUGUGGUAAGUAACACGAUAAUCAAAGUCGAAAGAUUCCGCGUCAAAGAUUCCGUGUGAAAGAAGCUUCGCAACCAGUUCCGAAGGAUAUUCUCGAUAUUUCGCAUCCUGCGACACGACGAUCGUGACGAUCGGAGGGCCUAGCAGCCGUGAUAUGUUCCCCUCGUCAGCGGCGAUGCUGAAGAAUGCCAUGACCUCGCCCUUUUUGAUGGAGAACCUGCUCCAGAGCAAGGCGUCGCCGGGUACGGACCUCACCAGCUUGACCUUGAACUGGGCGGCGAGUUUGGUGGCGCGACAGCGCGAGAGAGAAUGCGAGGCAAGUCUCAGACUCGCCCGAGACAACAGAUCCUCUCCCAAUGAUCUCACGCAGGAUCAUCUGGAACGGUCCGGCUCGAUCGGCAGCGCGCGCGAUCGCAUGAUGAUCGAUUGUGGCAGCAGGGAUCAGCAGAGAUCCAGUGGCGGUAGAUCCUGCGAGCGACAGCACGACAGGAUGCAGCUCCUCCAGCGCGAGAAGGAGGUCUUGGUAGACAGGAGUCAGGGCGUAUACGUGGAUGUAGAGAACGAGAGGAUGGAUGGUCCUAUGGUGGUAGACCGGCUGUGCGCGAUGGAGAGGCUCUGCAACGAGAGGAUCGACAAUCGAUCCAACUCGGGCGUAGAGUCGUGCAAUUCGAACGUGGACGAGGACCCGAUUCUGAGCGCGGAGCUGGAGGGUGGUCCUCAGGCGGCCGACAGGGAUGAGAUGAUGCUGGGCGAACGCGUCUCCGCGAUCGAGAUAGACAGACGGUACGACCUUGGAUGCAGAAACGUCAUGCACACGUCCGACGAGAUGACGAUCGUAUCGGGGGAGAGGGAGACGGUGGUGGCGGCGGCGGCAGCGGCGGCGGUCGAGCGUGCCGUCGACAGAAUAGGCGAGAGGACCACCGCCUGCUCCUGCGGCGACGAGCAGUGUACCGGACCCGCUUGCAGGACCAUCCAGGAGAAGGACAAGCCGCAGCUCAAGUUCAGCGUUAGCGCCAUACUCGGUGGCAAUCACGACAGGAGGCCGCAUCCCGAUAACUUUCAAGGACUUCCGCCGGAAGCGAUACCCGCCUUCCUGCAAAAUCUGCAAAAUUCGGCGGGUUACAAUAUCGCUAAGCCGAUCGCGAGGCCGGCAGCUUAUCACCCUUAUCACAGGCCGAGUCAUCAACCUCCCCAACGACAUUUACCGCCGAAUGCUCAUCACACGCUGCAACAAUUGUUCUAUAGAGGUCCAUAUCUGACAGUGGCUAGUUCCGGGACCGGAAGUCAUCAUCCAGGUACACCCGGUGGAGGCGCCGUAUUUCCAGGGACCAUUCAAGGUAGCAUUGGCGAUUUUUCCGGGACCGGUCUGGUUUUUCCGUGGGCGACGAACGCGCGCGGAAAACCACGUCGUGGAAUGAUGAGAAGAGCCGUUUUCUCUGAUCUCCAGCGACGUGGACUCGAGAAAAGGUUCCAGUUACAAAAAUACAUCAGCAAACCGGAUCGCAAGAAACUCGCCGAGAAAUUGGGUCUCAAAGAUUCACAGGUGAAGAUCUGGUUUCAAAAUCGACGUAUGAAAUGGCGGAACAGCAAAGAGCGAGAGCUGUUGGCGACAGGCGGUUCGCGCGAGCAGACCUUACCGAACAAGAAUAACCCGAACCCGGAUCUGAGCGACGCUGACGGUGAUCGGCCCAGGAUGGACCUGAGCGACGUGAGUCCGCUCACGAGCCCCCAAAGGCCCGAGGAACAAACGGAGAACGAGGAAGACGAGGAGAUCAAUGUCACGUGAUAAAGCUCACCGCUUCAGCAUCUCCCAUCCGAAUUUUGAUGAAGUAGCGACAAUUCGUAAUUUGUGAAUCAAGGAUACCUCAGCUGGAUAAAAAAAGGAAACAAAUCAGUCAUCAUAAAAUAAGUUUAAUAGACAUUUAAAAUGUUACCAAAAAAACCAAUUCACCCAAAAGUGUUUGUUUUAGGAUACAUGUAUCAUCGAUACGUGAAUAACACACGCGCGCGCAAUUUUAAUAUUGACUAAUUAACCAAAUGAAUUCAUUAAUUAAUUAUGGAUAUGAAAAUAUAUACAUUUCUCGUUGACAUAUUUUGCGUCAUACGCGUAAAAUAAAUCACGAUUUCUUUUAUACUAAAGAAUAUAUAUUAUAGAAACAAGCAGUGCGCGAGUCCAAGAGAGAUAUCAUGCCGAUUGAUUUUAAUCAUGCACCUUUCCAGUUGACCGAUCUUUUAUUGGCGAUAUUACAUUGGACUAUCACAGGGAAUAUUCUCGAUUAUUCGAUUCAUUAUAUGGAACGAAUAGCCUAACACAUAAAUACGAGUUGCAUGCGAUGUUCCGUCUCUCUCGAGCCUCACUCGAUUGCCAGCGAUACAAUGCUCCAUUGUUCAGUGAUCGUUGGUCUCAUCCUCGAUAACAUUUGUCGAAUCACGCGACCUGUGAAUUUAUUCUUCAAGAGCAACGACGCGCGUCGUCGCAAACUGGUCCCGAGAAGUAUACGACAAAUGAUGUAUUAUAUUGUAAUUAGCCAUGGAUGUACCUUCAAGAAAUCUUCUAUAAGCCAUUGUGUAAGGUUGUAUUAGACGUAACGUUACGAUUUCGAAAAUAUGUAGCCAAGUCUACUCGUAAAUGCGGCUCGCACGCGGUCAAAUCCAAAUGUAAUUACGUUCAUUGUGAUUCAAUAUAAUCUAUGUAAUAUACUGAAAUAAAACUGUCUAUAUGCAAUC